CGGAGUCGUUGGAAAUUCGUUGGUGAUCUCGGGUUCGGCAGUGAUAGCGAAAAAAACCCUUAUCCCCUCUACGAGGCAAGAUAUUUUAGUGAAGUUUAACACUUGUGAAAAUAAAAAAAACAGUGAAUUGACCAACACUUAGUGAAUUUGAGUGAUUCAAAGCCUAAAAAUGGAAAAAAUAGUCGAUAAUAACUUCGAUGUAACGUUCGAAUUUCCCAGCAAGCCAGUGCCAAAAACCUUUGGGCAGUUUUUGUACGACCAUCAAACGGGCCAAUAUAUGGGCCGGACAUUAAAAAAUUGGGGACAACUCGGCCUGUUCUAUUUGGUGUUCUACAUUGGUCUGGCAAUUGGAUUUGCCAUCUGCAUGCAGGGAUUGCUGGCAGUCCUGAACGAUCAGUACCCGAGAUAUCAACUGUCGGACUCUAUCAUCGGUACCAAUCCCGGCCUAGGCUUCCGACCGUUUGCCGAGCAGGUCGAAAAGAGUGGUUUCAUCCACUUUGAGGCCAACAACGAAACUCAGACAAACUACUGGAUCAACCGGAUCAACGAUUUCCUGGAACCGUACAACAACCACUCUUUGCUGCCGGGAGGAGGUAAAAAUCACGUCAACUGCGACUUCAACCAGCGUGCCAAAAAUAGAAAUGUAUGCACGUUUGAUCUGACCCGACUGGAGGGAUGUUCCGUCGAAAAUGGUUUUGGCUACAAAAGUUCAUCGCCGUGCGUCUUCAUCAAGUUGAACAAGAUCUACGGCUGGGUCCCGGAGUACUACGACGAUGUCAACGCACUGCCAGCGGAAAUGCCCGCCGAUCUGGUCGAGCACAUCAAGUCCCUGCCGGAGGGACACCGCAAACAGGUCUGGAUGACCUGCAACGGCAUUUCCCCCUCGGACAACGAAGCGCUGGGUCCCGUCAGCUACUUCCCGAACCGUGGCCUGCCGUCGCACUACUUUCCCUACACGAACCAGCCGAGCUACCUAAGCCCGCUGGUGGCUGUGCAGUUUGAGCGACCAACAGCUCAGCGAAUAAUCGACAUCGAGUGCCGUGCUUGGGCCAAGAACAUCAACUACGUAGGAAGAGAUCGCGACCGACAGGGUUCUACCACGUUUUCCAUACUGGUGGACUAAUGUUAAGAGAUACAAUUAAAUAGAAUGUUCGUUAACAAAUUUAAAAGUUUCAGAAAUACAAAUAAGGUUCAAUA